AUGUCAGACUUAGAACCGUCGGAAUCAUUGAAUCACGAAAGCGACUCACAUUUAGAGCAAUUGAAACCAUCUACCACUCCUAGUAUUCCCGCCCGUCCCCAAUCAAGACCACAGAAACAAACAACAACAACAACAACAAAGGUACCUACUGAUCAAGACUCAAAUGACAAGACACCAUUAGAAAAACCUCAAGAUGAGUUGGACCAAUUGGCUCAUGAAAUUGAGAAAGUUUUAACCGAUCCUGUGAUUCCACCUCGUCCUCAACAUGGAUCGUCGGCAAAGCCGAAUGAAACACAAACAGAACACAAAGAACAGGAUUUUGGGUCAGCACACCCAGUUAUUCCACUGCGUCCAACGAAUAAAAAGGAAACAAUUGAAACAGAAAUGGUCGACCAAAACAAUGGUCUUGAAUCGAAAUCUGAUCUGACUGCCAAUAAGGAAAGCUUGGAAAAUCAGGUGCCCAUUGACGAGGAUAGUACACAUGUCAAACCUUCUAUCCCCAAUGUUCCUUCCCGUCCUCAAAACAGAGAUUUGGAUUCUUCUGAAGUUGACAAUACAAAAGCGUCAACCACCCCUAGUAUUCCCGCUCGUCCUCAAAGACAAACUGCACCAACACAGAAUGAACACAAGCCACAAGUUUCAAAUACACCUGUGAUUCCAACUCGUCCACAGACCAAAACAGAAAAGUUGCAUUUGAAUGAAGAAUUAGAUAAAUUGGAUGGUGAAUCCCUGUCUAAAAACCAAGAGAAUAAAAGACACACUGAUGAUAACAACACCUCGAAACCAAUUUAUGAAGCUGAAAGUAUUGUACCACCAGAAGAAAAGGAAGGUGAAACUGCAAAUAAACAAGCAUUACCAACUACCAGCACAGACCCCCCAGCCGAACCGACAGCAUCAACAAGGGGUUUCAGAUUACCUUUACAUAUGCAACAAAGUAGUGGACCAAUAUCAACAAGUACACCAGUUACUGGAUCUGAGGCGGAAUUGAAUUCCUUGGACAAUUCAAAUACUUUUGGUGAUGGAGAAAUCACCCCAGGGAAUUCUGAUACCAAAGCAACAUUUAAGAGCGAUGAAGAUGUAGAAAAUAACAACAGAACUGACUCAUCAAGUUUUGACGAUGACAUGGAGACAAUUUCACAAGAUCAAGAGGAUCGUGAAGAAGAUCGCCGUCAUCGUCAAGAAACAACAACAGGAGAAAAUGUCCAAGAAAGUGAAGAUCCACAAUUUGAAACCACAAUCAUUGAAUCUGGUGAAAUUGAAGAGAGAGACGGUGAUGAUACAGACUCUGGUGAGUUAUACUCGGAGCAGCAGCAAAACAAGGAGAAAGAGGAUGUUGUUCCAGCUACUAGCACACCAAAAAUACCUCAACGUCCACCAAAGAAACAGUCUUUAUCAAGAGCAACAACUGAUGACUCGUUAACGUCAUUGGACAACACCUCCAAACCACCAAAACCAGUUGUACCCAAAAGACCAACUUCUGAGGAAUCUCUGUCUAAUCUUGAACCUACAAUACCAACUAGACCAUCAAUCAAGAAAGCUCCAUCAAUUGGUGAAUCCGACCCUGAGCCAAUCGUUCCAAACAGACCAGGAAAUAAAGAGUUAGAAUCAAUUCCAAGAGAUACUCAAACAUCUAUAAAGCUGAAACCACCACCACCAAAACCUAAAAAAUUAUCUUCCAAGAUUGCUGCUUUUCAACAGCAAUUGUUCAACCCAAUGAAUGCUUCAUCUGAGGAAGAUGUUGGUUCAACCGGGUCAAAACAACCGGAACCUGGUAUUAGAAAGAGAUCUACUGAAAAUAGUAUAUUGCUGAGAUUUGGUGGGAAGGCAAUCCCUUUACCAGGUAUGUUUAAUCCUAAUCAAAUGCCCAAACCUUCUAUAUCUCAUGGGGAAGAAACUUCUGAUGAUAAAGAGGAAAAAGAGGAAAAAGAGGAAAAUGUAACAGCAAAUGUACCAGUUAGAAGAACUAGAGGUCCAAGAGGUAAGAAAUUACCGAAAGCUGUUGCUGAUGCCGAGAUUAAAACGGAAAGUAGAUUUACCAUUGAACUGGGCAAAUUAUGGAGUCUUGAGUUUAAAAGGGAAAUAAAAGAAGAAAAAGAAAUUGGUCAUUCAGAUUUAGAAAAGUCAAAGAUUCUUGUUGAUGAUGUCGAGGCUGAUGGAGAUGGUGAAGAAAAAGCAGCUGAGAAUGAAGUGAUUGAAUCCCAAGAAAACACAAUUGGGGAUAAAUUAGAACAUAAUGAUGUAGUGAAUAUCGCUUCUGCUGCUGCUGACAUAGAUAAUGACGGUGAUGUUGACGAUGAUGAUGAUGAUGAUGUACCACCUGAGGUAAAUGAAAGAUUUAUUAAAGAUGAAGAGAUUUCAAAUGUUGGUAUUGAAAGAACUAUUGCACUGGAAACUACCACUGAGAAACAUUCAACAGAUGAAGAAGUAGAAGAAGAAGAAGAAGAACUUGAAGUGGAUUCUGUUGAUAUUCCAAUUCGUCGAGUUACUGUAAAUACAGUUGAUACAAUCGAGGAUCAAAAAGAUGUUGAUGAUGAACCUUUAUGA